AAAACUGGAAAACGUAAAAAAACCAUCGUCAAACGCUAUUUCGACGUCCGCGCAUUACAUUCGUAUCGUAUGGUUUCUGUCGUAUUUGCUGGCUGAUAAGCUAAUCUUUUAAUUUUCUUGGCCUUUUUUGGUUUCAUGUUUCAUUUGCAGUAGGGGGGCAAGUAAAGCGCACCCAGAAGCAGGAUCGCAAGAAGACGGAGCAGUGGAGAUAAAAACAAUCAGUCUUGAAUCUUGGUUUGGGCUUGGAAAGAUUGUGCAACGAGUUUAGAUUUUGCAGAGGGCGCUUGCCAUAGCAGGGCUAUUAUCAUCAUUCCGGUGCAAUGUUUGGUUGAGACCGUGGUGAAAAAUAGAAUCAGAGAAAAUUACACGAGCCCCGAGUCGAUCCUGCAGGCGCACCCGAAGAGCUGUGGCGGCUAAUUGAUCAGCAGAAUAUAAUCAAUUAGGGAGCGUCCCCAACUGGUUGAGGCACCACAAACAACAUCGGUAAACAAUGGGCCAGACACUGUCCGAGCCGGAAACGUCAAAAGAAUCGGCCUUCUGUCAAAAUGACUACUACAAGGUGGGAUCCAGCUGUAUGCAGGGCUGGCGCAUCCACAUGGAGGACUCGCAUACCCACAUCCUGUCGCUGCCGGAUGAUCCGGGCACGGCAUUUUUUGCAGUCUACGAUGGCCACGGUGGGGCAAACAUUGCCCAGUAUGCCGGGAAGCAUUUGCACAAGUUUGUCACGCGAAGGCCCGAGUACGGGGACGACGUGAAGCGGGCCCUCCAGCGUGGUUUUUUGGACGUUGACGAUGCGAUGCUGAAUGACGAGUCACUGAAGGAGCAGAUGGCCGGAUCGACGGCAGUAGCUGUGGUAAUAAAAAAUGAACGACUUUACUGUGCCAAUGCGGGCGAUUCGAGAGCGAUCGCUUGUGUCGGUGGAAAAUUGGAUGUACUUUCCUUGGAUCACAAGCCAAACAAUGCAAGCGAACUUGAAAGGAUAAAACGGGCUGGUGGUUAUGUUGAGUACAAUAGGGUCAACGGCUACUUGGCUCUUUCGAGGGCGUUGGGAGAUUUUAGUUUGAAGAAGAACAGUGAUAAACUGCCAGAGGAGCAAGUAGUGACAGCAUAUCCGGAUGUCGAGGAACGUGAGAUAAGUGAUGAUUGGGAUUUUCUGGUGAUUGCCUGCGAUGGAAUAUGGGAUGUUUUACCGAGUCAAUCAGUGCUGGAAUUUGUGCAGGCCGAGAUAGCCCAAGGGAUCUAUCCACAGAAUAUUUGUGAAAAUUUGAUGACACGCUGUCUUGCUCCGGAUUGUCAGAUGGGAGGCAUUGGAGGGGACAACAUGACAGUAAUCAUUGUGUGCUUUCUCCAUGGAAGGCCUUACGAAGAUUUGGUAACGCGCUGCAAAGAACGCGUCAACGAGAUGAACAUUAAGAUGGCGCAAAUGUUCAUAGAUCAUGAGUCGCAGUCCGCCAGUGAACCUGAGAACGACACAUCACCAGAACAGUCUCCCAAAGCAACGACGAUGACUGCGUCAGAGAAGAAAGAACAACCCUUGGAUGAGUGGUCUGACGAAGAUACCAGCGAGGAAGUCGAUCUAAAAUAAGAUCGAGGCCAUCGUUAUUGUCUGCUUUCUAGUGAUUUUGUUUUAUUUUCACACGGACACGUUCACAUCAUUUACUCUGUGGUUCCUUCCAGUAGUGAAACUCGAUUCAGAUUGUUGAUGUAAAUUAUCUUCCCUUGUUUUAAAACAUUGAAGCAGCUCUGGAUAAAUUUUAACUGUCGACCGAGCCCUUAUUAGGUUACGAGCAUUGUAGAUAUACGGUUCUGUAGCAGAGAUAGCAGAUCAAAGAGUUAUCAAGUUCGGUUUUCAGUAACACUCAUGGACAAGAACGGGACAUAAAUCAAGUAGAAAUUAAUUGAUUCACAACCAAGGUUGUAAUAAAUUGUGAGGAGCUUCAUAUUCACGACGAAAAACUAUAUUAUCACCGUGUAUAAGAUCGAUGAACAUUUUAUUGCCUUUUUUAUUUUUGAGUCAGUGGAAUUGGUUAUGUUCGACCAAUUAAACCAAAAUAAAGUAUACAUUGGUUAAACAAAUACCGAGAGGUGAAUUACACUUUUGAUGGUAUUUCUGGUAGUGCAACAUUUAUUUGUCACAUUCCAAACUCCGGAAUAGUCCAAUACUCAGUGUCACGCGUACCAAUGAGAUAAGAAUAAACGGAAAAUAAUCGUCUUCUUUUCUAGUUAGUAUUUUUUUCUUUUCGGUUCGUUUUGCUUAAAUUUAUUAACAAUCGUUUAAAAUGCAGAUGUUUGUAACACUGUUUAAACUGAAAUACCAAAAUGUGGACUGCAACUGAGCGAGAGUUCAUCUUUUUCUGUAUCAAAUCGAGUGAAUAUAUAGCACGAACUUUCGAUUGUGCUAUCAAUGGGCGCAAUUUUUGAGCCAAAACGAAAAAACAAACUAAGGACAAGAUGCAAUUUAAAACAAAAAUAAAGAAUACGCUUCUCUAUAAAGUAAACCUGACUAUGGUAGGAAAACUUUUUAUCGUUCUCCGUAACUAUAAUAUAUUCAAUCGUCGCCACAGGAUGGCUACCAAAGGCAUUGUAAACGAUAACGAGACAAAAAUACAAAACUAUUUAGUGAUAGGAACGUUUUAGGAAGUUCAUUCCUCAUACCUGGUUAUUUUCACCACCCUUCUUCUUUUAUCUAGCAGUAAGCUUUACCAUGAUGACAAAAAAAAAGAAAUUGUCUGAAUGGAUUGGUGUGAAUGGACGGGAAUUUUCGGUAUACAUAUUCAGCAAAUAAAUAAGGCCCUUAAUUGGCUGCGAACUUAUCCUUAGAUUGUGACUAACCUUGCUCGUGAUCGAAGCUCAUAUGAAAUAUACAAUAACAUACAUGUGAGGAAAUAAGAUAAUAAUGUAGACGUUAGGCAACCAACCCCCAUCUGUUUAGUUGAGGUAACCCGUAGCUGUUAUUAUAGUGACAGGAAGUGAAGUCUUCUGUUUGAGAAAUCUGUUUUUUUUGCCUAGUGAGCUUGAAACAGAGCCAGUGCAUAUGAUAGAGUUUGCAAGCAGCUAUAGUUCACUGUAGAAGAAUGUCUACCCUUUUCCUGCACGCACUGUCAAAAAAGAGACGUUUUGAAAUAAACUUUUUGAACAAA